CCCGACGCUCUCCUGCCCAUCCCCAAAUACGUACACAUACACACGCACUCCUUUACUCACAAAUAGAUCCUCUGGCUUGCCUUCACGCCUCUGGGUAUGAAAAGGACUUGGCUGGUAAUGGGGCCGCCUACUUGCUGUCCGCCUUCCGCUGCGUGAACACACGUCCUGCUGCCCACCGGGAGCGACAACACAACCAGAACCCAGCAUGUCCGACCAGUCGGCGUUUGACACAGAUGUAUGGACCCUGACCCGGUUCAUCAUCGAGACUGGCCGCCAGGCUAAAGGAGCCACCGGAGAGCUCACCCAGCUGAUCAACGCCAUUCUUACCGCCAUCAAAGCCAUUUCAUCUGCUGUGCGCAAGGCGGGCCUGGCGCACCUGCAGGGCAUGGCGGGCUCCGUGAACGUCACGGGGGAUGACGUAAAGAAGCUGGACGUGCUGUCCAAUGACCUGGUGAUCAACAUGCUUCAGGCCUCCUACAGUACCUGCUGCAUGGUGUCUGAGGAGAACAAGGACAUCAUUGUCACUCCCAAGGAUAAGAUGGGAAAGUACGUGGUCUGUUUCGACCCUCUGGACGGCUCCAGUAACAUCGACUGUUUGGCUUCUAUCGGCACCAUAUUUGCCAUCUACAAACGGAUAUCAGAGGGGGAGCCCACAGAUAAAGACGCCCUGCAGCCGGGCAACAACAUCGUGUGUGCUGGCUACGCCCUGUAUGGCAGCGCCACCCUGGUGGCUCUCAGCACCGGCAGCGGCCUCAACUUCUUCAUGCUGGACCCUGCCAUUGGUGAGUUCAUUCUGACUGAGAGGAAUGUGAAGAUCAAGCCAAAGGGAAAGAUUUACAGCCUGAAUGAAGGCUACGCCAAGUACUUCCACCCCUCCAUCAAUGAGUACCUGAAGCACAAGAAAUACCCUGAGGAUGGUAGCUCCCCCUAUGGAGCUCGAUACGUGGGCUCUAUGGUGUCAGAUGUUCACCGCACCAUUGCCUACGGAGGCAUCUUCAUGUAUCCUGCCAAUGAGAAGAGCCCCAAGGGAAAGCUGCGGCUGCUGUACGAGUGCAACCCCAUCGCCUUCCUCAUCGAGCAGGCAGGAGGCAUCGCCACCACCGGCACCCAGAGGAUACUGGACGUGCAGCCUGAAGCGCUCCACCAGCGGGUGCCCUUCGUGGUCGGCUCCUCCGAUGACGUCAACGAGUACCUGUCCUUUGUCAAGAAGUUCUCGUAAAGCUACGGCAGCCCUACUUUAACAGUUAGUCCAAAAAGAUGAUUCUUAAAUAGCCUUUUCAUAAUUAUAGUCAUAUGUUCUUAAAAUCAGAGAAUUGUCAUCACAAGAAAACUGUUCUUGAAGCUCACCUUUAAAAGUUGUCAGAUCUCAAUUUGAUUUUUUUCAUAAAAAAAAACAACUGAAUUUAUUUUUAAUAUUGAUAAUUUCUACAAAACUUGCUCUGCCAAUGUUUUGGAUGACAAAGUCAAAGCUUUUCCACAUACUACAGCAUUUAAAGCUGUUCAAAUAUAGUUUUCCAAAACCUGAUAAAAUGUCCAAAUGUUUUAACACCAUGAUGCAAAUUGUUAAUUCAGACUUAACAGCAUAUCAAGUAAAAACACAGACCUGCCAUCAUUUUCUUUACGACAAGAAGAACAGUCCAGUUUCUAAUUCAUUAACAUCUUAACAGCCAAGUUAACAUUUCAGGCAACAUCCUGAGACUGUUGGUAUAAUACCAGAAAAUUUCCAGCUUUAAGAACAAAAUUUCAGACACCACACUAGUAUUUAAGAACUUUUAAUUGAUCACAGUAAAAGUAGGAAAAAAAAAAAUCCAUUUACAAUGACCAAAGCAAGUUUUACUGUAUCACUCACCGAGCAGCAUUCACAUAUUUACAAAGAAUAAAACAACUAAAAUCCUUCAGAUGACAAAGUGGCAUAAAACCAGCCAAAACAAAAUGUCCCCAUUUCCCAAAAUUCAGUGUCUGUCUUCAUAAAACAUGGGAGACUCUCCUGUCAGUGUCGUCCCUCAUCUCCAGCCAAA